CUUUCUUGUGAGCUGGGUAUUUAAAGAAGACCAUUUACAUGUGUGUGUGUGUGUGGGGAGACAGACAGACUGCAGCUGUACCGACGACGGCGUUGGGAUAGGAUGGAUUGAUUAGUUUGGUUUAUGAAGAGAUGAGAUUGGGUCUAGUGAGUCUGAUCGGAGACUGAACGAUGUUCCGACUAGCACCAAGACGGACAGCACCAGUCUCAGCACGACUCUCACUCCACACCCAACCACCACCACCACCACCAACACCCAAGAAGGACAAGAAGGAGAAGGAACCAAGCAAGCUACAGUCACUCCUCAACUUGGACCAUAUCCUCUACGAUCCUAUCCGCAUACCGAGACAUCCAAUCGUCCUCUGUCAUGGCCUGUACGGGUUUGCCGUCCGAGGCCCGAGUUCGUUUCCGAGGUUUCAGAUCCAUUAUUGGGGCAAGCUCUUAGAGAUCCUACGGAGCCGACUGGGCGUGAAAGUGAUCGUGGGCAAGGUGCCGCCGACGGGGACGAUCGAGGAGCGGGCGGUCGAGCUCGACAAGCUCUUGCAGUCCCAGCCCAACACUACCAGACGGCCGCCGAAAUACAACUUCAUCGCGCAUUCCAUGGGCGGUCUCGACGCCCGAUAUCUGAUCUCUCAUCUUAAUCCUCAGACGUAUACACCCAUCAGUCUCACUACUAUCUGCACUCCGCAUCGUGGCUCACCCUUCAUGGAUUGGUGUCGGGCCAAUAUCGGGGUCGGAUUGAGUGCCACGGAGGCGAGUCAAAAGCGGGUGCCGUUCUCACUGAAGGAGCCCUUACUGAGACGGCCGCCGGAGCCGCUGGGAUAUCUGCCGAACAACCUGCUGAAGGUGCUGUUGCUGAACCUGUUAGAUUCGCCGGCGUAUUCGAAUCUGAGCACGGACUAUCUGACGGGCGAGUUCAAUCCGCGCACACCCGAUCGAGCCGGGGUGGAAUACUUCAGCAUUGCGGCCAAGAUCGGGAAGAACGGAUUGAGUCUGAUCCAUCCACUCUGGUUGCCCGGACUGCUGAUCGAUCGGUUGGUCGAGACCCACGAACAGGGAAAUCAUGACGGCUUGGUCACCGUUCAGAGCGCGCAAUGGGGCCGCUUCUUGGGCACCAUCGUCGGCACCGAUCAUUGGGAAAUCAGAGGCUCCUCCGCAUUCGGCGCCGAAAUCCUGCCCGAACAACCUGAUGACGACCAUCUACUCAACCUUCAUGCGAAAUCUAAUUGGCUCGAACUUAAUCGUUACAUCGGCUCCUGGCUCUCCUCCUCCGACAACUCUACUAACUCUCAGAAGCUUUCGAAACACAACACAUCUUCUAAAAACUCCGAUUCCCAUUCUUCGUCUGAUUCUUCGGAUGCUGCUCUCCAUAAGAUCUUCGAUCAACAGACUCUUUCGACCCGCCUCCUCGCCGACUGGAUCGCCAAAAAACUGCCCCUGAAUCUCUACCCUUCUCAACCCACCCUCGCCACCUCGUCUUCUUCUUCUUCUAGCUCCUCCUUUUCUACUCCUCAUAAGAAUCCUUCUUCUUCUUCUUUGAAUACUUACUCUAAAUAUCCGUUUACGAAUCCUACUCGUACCGUUCAUCCUCAAUUUCCUCUCGACGAUCUCGAUCUCAAUCAUCAUCAACACAACAACAACAAUAAUAGUAAUCAGAAAAAUUCGGCUAAUGGCUUCGAUAUCGAGAAGUUUUAUUUGGCCGUUCUGAGAAAUUUAUACGAUCAUGGACUUUGAAAAACACUUAUAUAACUCUUUCUCGACGGUUUCAUUCUUAAGGCUACAUAUUAUUAUUAUUUCUUAUUUAUUUCUUCAUAUAUUUUUCUUUUCUUUGAAAGUAAUCAAAAAAAAAU